GGGGAGUCGGGGAGCAGCAUCCUUGCGGGCGCCGCUUUCGCGCGGCGGCGGCCGGGGCUUCCUCUGCCUGGAGACCCUGUGGGCCAGAAGCGGCUGGUGCCGGGCGGGGCGGCAGGGAGCGCUGCGGACUGGGCUCGUUCGUCUCGACUGCGUGUGCGGGGUCCUUCCGGGCCGGUCCGAGGCGAAGGCGCAGCGGGCUCGUCUGCGCUGCCCGCGGGGGCAUCUCCUGGUGAUGGGAGGAGCAGCCGCCGCCGCCGCCACCGGGGAGAUGGAAACAUUCGCUGUGCCGAGGCGAAGAGCGACAGAGGAAGAUCCGUUUUGUUGGGAGCUGGGUCCUCUAUAAAGGCCCCCGCCCCCGCCUUCGCCUGUAGCCCGCUUCUCCUCCCGGAGCGAGAAAGGAACUGCGGUCCCGAGAGAGCAGGGAGACGUCGCUGAAGCCGGGACGCGAGGGCUCGGCGGAUCGCGCUGCAGGGCUCAGGGCCCAGUGAAAGUUUCCCUUCCCCAGCUUCGGGCGCUCGCUGCCAGGAAAGUCUGCCCAGGGCCUGGGCUGCGGAAUCUCUCGGCCCCGUCGAAGACUCCUCGAUCCCCCGCAAGAGAGCAGCAAUCAAGGGACGAGUGACAGCCGGACAGUGCGCUGGUCGGUGAUCCCGAGGCGCUCGAGCGCACCCGCGGCUCCAGGUCUCUGGCGGAGCCGCUGCCAUGGGAGAGCCAGCCCUGGGCGUCGGACACCAGCCGCCCCUGCCGCCGCGCCCACCUCGGAGCCGCGGCCCCAGUGCCGGCUCCCGCAGCCGGCCCACUGCGUCUCCCUCUCGGGCUGCAGGACCGCCUCCGCCGCGUGGCCGGCCCCGGCUGUGCCUGUGAUGAGCCGCAGCCCGCCGCGAGCUCUGCCUCUGGGCGCGCUCCCCCGGCUGCUCCCGGCUGCGCCUGCCGCCUCACCGCGUGCCCUGCUCCCGCCCUGGCCCCGGCGCCCGGGACGCCGCUGGCCCGCGUCCCCGCUCGGAAUGAAGGUGUUCCGCAGGAAGGCGCUAGUGCUGUGCGCGGGCUAUGCACUGCUGCUGGUGCUCACCAUGCUCAACCUCCUGGACUACAAGUGGCACAAGGAGCCACUGCAGCAGUGCAACCCCGACGGGCCGCUGGGUGCCGCGGCGGGGGCAUCUGGGGGCGGCUGGGGACGCCCAGGGCUGCCUCCUGCCGCGCUCCCGCGCGCUCCCGCGCGUUUAGACCCCCGCACCCCGUACCGCUCUCCUGCUGCAGCCGCCGUAGGGUCAGCGCCUGCAGCUGCGGCGGGGGUGGUAGGGGCCGCGGCCCCACAGGGAAAUGGCACCCGGGGCGGCGGGGACAAGCGGCAACUGGUCUAUGUGUUCACCACGUGGCGCUCGGGCUCGUCCUUCUUCGGCGAGCUCUUCAACCAGAACCCGGAGGUGUUCUUUCUCUACGAGCCAGUGUGGCACGUGUGGCAAAAACUGUACCCGGGGGAUGCUGUCUCCCUGCAGGGAGCAGCGCGGGACAUGCUGAGCGCUCUCUACCGAUGCGAUCUCUCCGUUUUCCAGCUGUACAGCCCCGCUGGCAGCGGGGGGCGCAACCUCACCACGCUGGGCAUCUUCGGUGCCGCCACCAACAAGGUGGUGUGCUCCUCGCCCCUCUGCCCCGCCUACCGCAAGGAGGUCGUGGGGCUGGUGGACGACAGGGUGUGCAAGAAGUGCCCGCCUCAGCGCCUGGCACGCUUCGAAGAGGAGUGCCGCAAGUACCGCACGCUGGUUAUCAAGGGUGUGCGCGUCUUUGACGUGGCAGUGUUGGCGCCGCUGCUUCGAGACCCGGCCCUGGACCUCAAGGUCAUCCACCUGGUGCGUGAUCCCCGUGCAGUUGCCAGCUCACGUAUCCGCUCGCGCCAUGGCCUCAUCCGAGAGAGCCUACAGGUGGUACGCAGCCGGGACCCACGGGCCCAUCGUAUGCCCUUCCUGGAGGCCGCUGGGCAUAAGCUGAGUGCCAAGAAGGAGGGCAUGGGUGGCCCAGCAGACUACCAUGCGCUCGGCGCUAUGGAGGUCAUAUGCAACAGCAUGGCCAAGACGCUGCAGACAGCCCUGCAGCCCCCUGACUGGCUGCAGGGCCACUACCUGGUGGUGCGGUACGAGGAUCUGGUGGGAGACCCCGUUAAGACAUUGCGGAAGGUAUAUGACUUUGUGGGGCUGCUAGUGAGCCCUGAAAUGGAGCAGUUCGCCCUGAACAUGACCAGUGGCUCGGGCUCCUCCUCUAAGCCUUUCGUGGUGUCUGCACGCAAUGCCACGCAGGCCGCCAACGCCUGGCGGACCGCACUCACCUUCCAGCAGAUCAAACAGGUGGAGGAGUUUUGCUACCAGCCCAUGGCUGUGCUGGGCUAUGAGCGGGUGAACAGCCCCGAGGAGGUCAAAGAUCUCAGCAAGACCCUGCUUCGGAAGCCCCGGCUCUGAGAGGCGUUCCCAGGAGAUCUGGUGCCCGGUAGACUCCACCCACAAAGAGCACUGUGGAGUGUUUCAACAAACACAACCCAGACCCAAACUGAGAAACCCACAUGUUCUAUUAUAGAUAUAUAAUAUAAACAACCACACAGGCACUUGCUGUCAAUGUUUCGAGUCGGUGAAUUUCAAGGAACACACACACACACACACACACACACACACACACACAGAGCUCACACACCUCAGAAAAGGCAAGACUUGAAAGUUCUAACUAGUUGCCCCUUCUCCCUGACCCCUGCCCCUUCUCCCUUCCCAGUUCCCCCAUUUCUUACCCUCUCCUGCACCUGCCUUCAUCUUGAAGUGGAAUGUUGAUGAAAUCAAGUUCCAGUAAUCCAAAUCUUGUUUACAAAAUUUUCGUGGUAUCUGUGAACAUGUAAGAAUAAUUUGGAUGUGGGGGUGGGCUGGGGUGGAGAAAGGGAAAAUGAUCCAGGAACAUAAGGCCCUGUUGGGCAUGAUAAAUCAAGGAGGCAUCCUUCUAAAGUAGACUUUUGUGUAAAAAACAAAGGUUACAUGUGAGUGUUAAUAAAGAUGGUAAUAAAUAAUAUUCCUUUUUAUAUUUGCCUCCAUUACUUGGGAAUUUACUCUGUUAUUUUGCCCUUUGUAGUUUAGAUAGAAUCAGGUACUCUCCUGGAGGACAGCUGAACUGGGAGAAGCUUCUGGCUUCUUAAUGAUAGCCUGGGAGUUGUUUUCUCACAUGAAAAUCACAGCCUGCCAGGUGCCCAGGAAUGAAACAAAUCUUAAAAUUCUAUAGGCAAAACCCAGCAAGACAGUAGAAGAAAAAGCACACACUACUCUCCUGUUGAACUUUGAGUUACGGAAAGGAAGAAGCAAGCCCUUGAUUUGAAGGCAUUCGGCUUUGAUUACUACUGUACCGAGUUAAUGCAAGGAACCUUGAAGCAUAGGGCAAUGUUUUUGUCCUGAGGUUGGUUCAGAGAAAAGAUUUUUUCAAAAUAUGUAAUUUUAAAAAGUUCUCAUGAUUAGAAUACAAGCCUCAAAAAUUA